AUGGACGACGAAAGCCUUUUUGGAGCUGAUCUCUUUGGAGAGGAGCCGGAUUGGGCAAACGAUGAUUACCAAUCUCAGGGACAAGAUGGCACCGAAGGUCCUCUAGACCAGGGUGCUCAGCACGUUCUCAUGCUUCUAGACUGUCGUGUUGAUAUGUUUCGAACCUUUGGCGCCGGUAACGAUAAGUCUGCAAUGGACAAUGGGUUGCAAGUUGCCAAAGCCCUCUUGCAGGAUACUGUUCGCACCACGGUUUCACAACGGACGGGAAAACGCAAUGGAAUCGGGAUUGUUCUAUUCAAUACCAAGCGACAGACAUCGUCGAAAACUGCAAUGGAAGAAGAGGACUGUGACGACGAUGAUGGAAAACAAAAUCAAGGAGUUCAUAUAUUGAUGCCAUUAAUUCCGCCCGGAAUAUCACACGUUCUCGAUUUGAAUCAGUGUUUGGAAAAGGAACGCAAUGUGCAAGAAGAAUUCCAACAGGAAUCUCAGGAAAAUUCGGGCGACAUUAUGGCACCCCUGCAAACUGCAUUGGAGGUUUGCCAGGACAUGUUCAAGAAGGCCAAGUGUGUCAAGGACGCAUUCUCCAACAGUAACCCAGUCGUUGAUUCCAAGUCAAUUUGGAUCUUUACGUCGCAUGAUAACCCAUAUCCUGGAGCCUUGCAGCAGAUGAAAACAAUCGCUGACGAAGCCAAAGAACAAAAUGUCAAGAUUAUAGUGUGGCCCAUGGCCACUGGUGGGAACAGUGAAAUGGAGGACGUUAGUGACGGAGAUAGUCCAAGGGGCUACAACGAUCCAUCGUUUGACCACUCACUAUUCUACCAAGAUAUCGUUUCCUAUGCACCUUUUGCAAGUCCCAUGUCAACAAUGGAAGAGUUCGAGGAAGCCUUAGAGGAACUUCGUCAUGAUUACAAGAAACCGCGACGGGCCUAUUACGGCCCGAUGCGCUUGCCUGAUUGGAGGAAACGGAUCCUUGACGAGAAAGACGCUCAAGACGACGAGGACAAGGACAAGGACACUGCGAUUAUGAUCGAUUGGUUCAAAUUUGUGCAAUUGGCAAAGAAACCAAGCACCGUCCAAAUAGAUUUGCAAACGAAACUAGAGACAAUCAAGGUCACUAACCUGAUUGACGACCAUGGUGAGGUUCUCGCAACAGUCAAGCGAGGCAAUACUUUUGAUAGAACAACCUCAGAAACAAUGCAACCUGGGUUACAUCGUAUUCGAACUUUUGCUGACUUUGCUGGAGAAUUGGUUCCUAUGUCUCAGUCGGAAAUGAAAGAACUGAAGAAUGCAGCCAGUGGAAAAUUGGAUAGCUCCAACCUGGUUCUCCUUGGCUUUCGUCCAUCACAUUUGAUUCCAUUUUACCACGCCAUAGAUUCUGCUUAUCUUGUUUAUCCCCAAGUUGAUGGCAACGAUCGAGAGGCGCAGCAAGAUAAUCGAAAUGCAUUCAUCAAUCUACGUGCUGCUAUGAUCCGCAAGAAUGUCGUUGCAAUCGGAGAAGUGCUCUUUCGUGUGGGCUGGACGUCCAAACUCGUAGUCAUUCGUCCACUGCAUGAGCUGCUGGAUAAAGAGGAAGGUACUCAACGACUCCCACCUGGACUUAUGGUAGUUCCGUUGCCCUUUGAAGACGAUAUUAGGGAGCCAGAGUUGGAUGAAGCUAUGAAGGAGCUCCGCCUUCAGUCGACGAUGGCAGAGGGGUUGGCUAGAAAUGGUGCCAAUUUGGAAGACGGGGGUGCAGCUCCUGAUCUCACUUCCUCUCUUUCCACGAGCAUUAAUCUGAUGGAAAAUACUCAUACUGGCUAUGUUGCCUCGGAAGAACUCGUGCAAGCGGCGAUGGAUGUGAUUGAGAAACGAACUGUCGACGAGGAUAUACAACUUGGUGAAGAUCUAGAGAACGCUGCAUUGCAGAAAUUUUUCGAUUACAUUGAGGCUAUAGCAAUGGAAGAUCCUUUCUUUGAAGCAAGGACUGAAUUCGAUACCGAAGUACCUGAUGAGGACGUAUUGAAAGCGGCCGGAACGCAAAUUGAACGGUUUAAGAUACUAUUGCCAGAUGAUGCUGAAAAGCCUAAGGUAGCAGGACGAAAGCGGAAAAUGGUCGAGGAUGAUUCUGGUAUAAAUUGGGUGGAAUUAUAUGAAGAAGGCGCACUAGACUCAUGCAAGUUACCCGAACUGAAGAAAUACCUGCGCUCAAUUGGGGAAAAGUUGUCGGGAAAGAAGAGUGAUCUUGUGUUACGGGUACAAGAGCACAUCCACAAGAGCCAGAAGACAAUCAAGGUUAAGAGGGAAAUCUAG